AUGAUGCGUGGUCUACUUGAUUUUAUCACGUCGAAUGAUGAAACAGCACAAAAAUUAAGAAAGUUAUUAGUUUUUAAAAUUGUACCAAUGCUAAAUCCGGACGGUGUAAUAAUUGGAAACUAUAGAUGUUCAUUGACGGGCAAAGAUAUGAAUCGUAAUUUUCGUCAUCCUAGAAAACAAACAUUUCCUACAGUUUAUUACAUUAAAGAACUUAUAACGAAUUUACAAAAACAACAACAUGAAGUAAAAACAAUUACCAUCGAUUAA